AUGAUUAAUAAUAAUCGUAAUCAUCAUAAUGAUGAGAUGAUUAGCAUAGACUCAAUCCCUUACCUUUCAUCGCCAAACGAUUCCCAAUCACCAUCCUCGAGCCCGGUCGAGGCCCGUGUUUUCUCGUGCAACUAUUGCAGGAAGAAAUUCUACAGCUCACAAGCACUUGGAGGGCAUCAAAAUGCUCACAAGCUGGAGAGAACCCUUGCCAAGAAAAGCAGAGAACUCAUAAUUCGUCCCCACACUCGGGUUGAUGGGUCAGUUUUUGGGCCCAACCGUGAGGGUCGGGCCGGUUGUCUCGGGAUGAAUUAUGGAUUUAGUGCUGUUGGAGGUGAAAGGGAUAGUUGCGUUCGUCAAGAAGAGCUCAGCCAGCUUGAUCUUUCGCUAAGGCUUUGA